AUACUCUUCCUACAUAUGGCCAGAGCCUGCUUAGGCUCAAUCAGAUUCAUCCGCAACCACCGUUGCCCGCUACCUCCCUCCUUGGCCGUUGAAGAAAUCGUCUCCUCCUCUUCAAUUAUGCCAAAUUCCGUCAAGCCCCACCGAUCACUUGAAAUUGUUGGUGGAGCCACCGAUUCAUUCCUUCCGGCACUGAAGAUUCUAACCAGCGCCUACAAACCGUAUCCUUUCAUCGGAUGGAACCGCCACGUUGAGACCAUCUUCGCCUCUUUGUUCCGGUAUCUUCCAGAUGUUAGAUUCCGUCGCGAGUGUGUCCAGAUGAAGGAUGGUGGUGUCGUUUCACUUGAUUGGGUUUCUGGAGACGAUCUUCGUUUACCCUUUAAUUCCCCUACCCUGAUUUUGCUGCCAGGUCUUACCGGAGGGAGUGGGGAUUCUUAUGUAAGGCAUAUGCUUGUAACUGCAAGAAACAAUGGUUGGAGAGUUGUUGUCUUCAACAGCCGUGGGUGUGCAAACAGUCCUGUCAUCACCCCUCAGUUCUAUUCAGCUUCAUUUAUAGAAGAUAUUCGCGAAGUAGUGGUUCAUGUUGGUAGUCGAUACCCCGAUUCGAAUUUAUAUGCAAUCGGAUGGUCUGUCGGAGCAAAUAUUCUAGUUCGAUACUUGGGUCAGGAAACAGAUGAAAUCCCUCUCUCGGGUGCUGUAUCAUUGUGUAAUCCUUUCGAUUUAGUCAUAGCAAAUGAGGAUUUUCGGAAGGGAUUUAAUAAGAUUUAUAGCAAAGCUCUUGCAAAUGGUUUGUGCAAAAUAUUUAAGAAACAUGCUUCACUCUUUGAAGGCAUCGGCGGUGAAUAUAAUAUCCCUAUGGCAGCACACGCAAGAACCGUUAGAGAAUUUGACGAAGGAAUAACAAGAGUUGCUUUUGGUUUUGAAUCGGCGGACGAUUACUAUUUCAACUCGAGCAGUUCAGAUUGUAUUAAAUAUGUGCGCACGCCUUUGCUCUGCAUACAAGCAGCGAAUGAUCCAAUUGCUCCUUAUAGGGCAAUCCCUUUUGAAGAUAUAAAGGAAAACCAAAACUGUAUGCUGAUUGUUACCCCAAAAGGGGGGCAUUUGGGAUGGAUGGCAGCAGGUAGUAAAUCCCCUUUGGGAGCUCCAUGGACCAAUUCUGUCGUUAUGGAUUUUUUGGUACAUUUGGAAAAUGAAAACUCUAAGUGUGAUGCUUCUAGAAGCAAUGGAAUCGAUUCGAAAGAGAGUGAUGCUUCUAGAAGCAAUGGAAUCGAUUCGAAAGAGGAGGGCUUUCGCAUAUUUGAUGUUUAG